CGGGUACCGCGCCGCAAAGUUUGGAGCCGCGGGCGCCGCACGCCGGUCCCGCCCGGCUCAGAUCCCUUGGCGGAGUCUCUGCUGCCGCCGCUGCCAGGGCAGGACAAAGGCUCAUUAACACGUGAUGGGACCACGCUUCAUAAAUGGGACUGGAGCGAGAGCGAGCCAGAGACAGCGCGCGAGCGGAGGGAGAGGCAGGGACCUGGAGCAGGGCGCGGCGACGGGCGCUCGUGCUGGCCCAGGCAGGCUGCCCCAGGCCGGCCAGCGCGGUCCGCGGGACGCCAGUGGGAGUGCUGGGGAACGAACCGGGCCUGCCAGAGCCCAGGGGCGCCGGUCCCGGGGGCUGUGGCGCACCGGUGCCAGAGGCCAGGGACGCGGGCGCGCAGACCGACUGACUUACUGACCGAUCGCCGCAGGCACGCCCCACUCCACCCCGCCCCGCCGCGCCCCGCGCCGCCUCCCCUGCUGGCUCUCUGCCUCUACCUUCUCCACUUCUUUUCCGCCUCCGCCUCCUUCGGGCUCCCCUGGCGCCAGAGCCUUCGCCUGGCUCAGGCGGGAGCCCUAGCUGUCUGCAGAGCUCUCAUAGAGUCGGGGGCAAAUUUCCUUGUAGCGGAGAGCCAACCCCUUGGCUGGGCGACAGGUGCCGAGAGGGAGCUUCUUGCCAGUGGACCGGGGGAUGCGAAGGCUGUAACUUCAUGAAAUCUUGCAGUAGGAGAAGCUGCUCAACCAAAGCGAGAGCUGUGCCCAGUGAAUGGAAUAACAAAUUGAUUCCCAGGGGCUUAUAAAAGCCACUCUAUCCAGUGGGAUUCCCUCCUGGCGUCUCUUCCUCAGUCACUUUGAGCCUGGCCUAAUUCAAGUCUGAGGUUAUGAAGUCAAUCCUAGAUGGCCUUGCAGACACCACCUUCCGCACCAUCACCACAGACCUCCUCUACGUGGCCUCAAAUGACAUUCAGUACGAAGACGUCAAAGGAGACAUGGCAUCCAAAUUAGGAUACUUUCCACAGAAGUUUCCUCUGACUUCCUUCAGGGGUAGUCCCUUCCAAGAGAAGAUGACAGCGGGAGACAACUCCCAGUUGGUCCCAGCAGUAGACGCAACAAACAUGACAGAAUUCUACAACAAGUCUCUCUCAUCAUUCAAAGAGAAUGAGGAAAGCAUUCAGUGUGGGGAGAACUUCAUGGAUAUGGAGUGCUUUAUGAUACUGAACCCCAGCCAGCAGCUGGCCAUCGCCGUGCUCUCCCUCACGCUGGGCACCUUCACAGUUCUGGAGAACCUGCUGGUGCUGUGCGUCAUCCUGCACUCCCGCAGUCUCCGGUGCAGGCCUUCCUACCACUUUAUCGGUAGCCUGGCGGUGGCCGACCUCCUGGGAAGUGUCAUUUUUGUCUACAGCUUUGUUGACUUCCAUGUGUUCCACCGCAAAGACAGCCCCAAUGUGUUUCUGUUCAAACUGGGUGGGGUGACAGCCUCCUUCACGGCCUCUGUGGGCAGCCUGUUCCUCACGGCCAUCGACAGGUACAUAUCCAUCCACAGGCCGCUGGCCUAUAAGAGGAUCGUCACCAGGCCCAAGGCCGUAGUCGCCUUCUGCCUGAUGUGGACUAUUGCCAUAGUAAUUGCUGUGCUGCCCCUCCUGGGCUGGAACUGCAAGAAGCUGCAAUCUGUUUGCUCGGACAUCUUCCCGCUCAUCGAUGAGACCUACCUGAUGUUCUGGAUUGGGGUCACCAGCGUGCUGUUGCUGUUCAUUGUGUAUGCGUACAUGUACAUCCUCUGGAAGGCCCACAGCCACGCAGUCCGCAUGAUCCAACGCGGAACCCAGAAGAGCAUCAUCAUCCACACAUCAGAAGACGGCAAAGUACAGGUGACCCGGCCCGACCAAGCCCGCAUGGACAUUAGGCUGGCUAAAACCCUGGUCCUGAUCCUGGUGGUGCUGAUCAUCUGCUGGGGCCCUCUGCUUGCCAUCAUGGUGUACGAUGUCUUCGGGAAGAUGAACAAGCUCAUCAAGACAGUGUUUGCCUUCUGCAGUAUGCUCUGCCUGCUUAACUCCACCGUCAACCCCAUCAUCUAUGCUCUGAGGAGCAAGGACCUGAGGCAUGCUUUCCGCAGUAUGUUCCCUUCAUGUGAGGGCACGGCACAGCCUCUAGACAACAGCAUGGGGGACUCAGACUGCCUGCACAAGCACGCCAAUAACACAGCCAGCAUGCACAGGGCCGCGGAAAGCUGCAUCAAGAGCACUGUUAAGAUCGCCAAGGUGACCAUGUCUGUGUCCACAGACACGUCUGCCGAGGCUCUGUGAGCCUGCUGCUUUUGUGGCUGCACAGGAAAGGAAAUCCUUCUUU